AUGGCGGCCACCUGGUACUCUGCCUUGCUAUUGCUGCUUCUCCUCACAACUGUUGCCACAGAUGGUCAGCCGGUCUCCGUGGCCAAUACUGAGGCUCCAGCCGACGACCAUCUUGCGCUGGUGUCCUUCAAGUCGCUGAUAACCAGCGAUCCGUCAUCGGCGCUGGCCUCAUGGGGUGGCAACCGAUCGGUCCCACUGUGCCAGUGGCGCGGCGUGAUGUGCGGUAUGAAGGGGCACCGUCGUGGACGUGUCGUGGCGCUGGACCUCAGCAACCUUGGCCUUUCUGGUGCCAUUGCCCCUUCACUAGGAAACCUCACCUAUCUGAGAAAGAUCCAGCUUCCCAUGAACCGGCUCUUCGGCACCAUACCAUCGGAGCUUGGCCGUCUCCUCGACCUCAGGCAUGUCAACCUGAGCUACAACUCUCUUGAAGGUGGCAUCCCAGCAUCCCUGUCACAGUGCCAGCACCUUGAGAACAUCAGCCUAGCAUACAACAAUCUCUCGGGAGUGAUACCUCCAGCCAUUGGCGAUUUGCCGAGCCUGCGCCACGUCCAGAUGCAGUACAACAUGCUCUAUGGCACGAUACCUCGCUCAUUAGGCUCAUUACGGGGCCUCAAGGUUCUUCAUGUCUACAACAACAAGCUUACAGGAAGGAUCCCUUCAGAGAUUGGCAACCUCACCAAUCUAGCAAGCCUUAACCUCAACUACAAUCACUUGACAGGUUCAAUUCCUUCUUCUCUUCGUAACCUUCAGAGAAUCCAGAAUUUGCAAGUGAGGGGGAAUCAACUCACAGGGCCGAUUCCGUUGUUCUUUGGAAACCUCUCGGUGUUAACCAUUCUUAAUCUUGGCACCAAUAGAUUUGAAGGGGAGAUUGUGCCAUUGCAAGCACUUUCAUCUCUGUCUGUCCUUAUUUUGCAAGAAAAUAACCUUCACGGGGGCCUCCCUUCCUGGCUAGGAAACCUCUCCUCACUGGUAUACCUAAGCUUGGGAGGAAAUAGCUUAACUGGGACUAUCCCUGAAUCAUUAGGAAACCUUCAGAUGUUAUCUGGUCUUGUUCUCGCUGAGAACAACCUUACCGGUAGCAUUCCUUCCUCCCUUGGAAACCUCCGUGCUCUUUCCGACUUCUAUCUAGACAAGAAUCAGCUCACUGGACAAGUUCCUUCUUCCAUUUUCAAUAUGUCCUCUCUCAGAAUAUUUAAUUUACAGUUCAACCAGCUAACUGGAUCGUUACCGACAAGGAAAGAGGUCAACUUUCCGGCACUUGACAUAUUUAAUGUAGGUGAAAAUAGUUUUCAGGGAGUUAUUCCACCUUGGUUGUGCAACUGUUCUAUGCUUAGCACAAUUGCAGUAGAAGUGAAUAUGAUUUCAGGAACAGUCCCGCCUUGUCUUGGAGUGAUCCAGAAAAGGUUGUCAGUCCUGACCCUUGGACAAAAUCAACUACAGGCAGAUGAAGAUAAUGGUUGGGACUUCAUUUCCAGUUUAACUAAUAGCAGCCAUCUGAAGAUUUUAGAUUUCAGGAUCAACAAAUUUCGAGGCAUGCUACCGAAUUCAGUAGCCAAUCUCUCUACAGAUCUGCAAGCUUUUGACAUAUCUAACAACAUGAUAAGUGGCAAUAUUCCUAAAGGCAUUGGGAAUCUUGUUAAUUUGUCAUAUCUUUUGAUGAACAUCAAUUCUCUCGAGGGUACUAUUCCUUCCUCUCUCGGUAGACUCCAGAUGUUGAGUUACUUGGAUCUUGGAAUGAACAAUCUCUCAGGGCAAAUUCCACGAAGCCUUGGGAACCUUACAUUGUUGAAUAAACUCUAUCUUGGACAUAACUCCCUUAAUGGACCUGUUCCAUCCAGUCUUAGAGGCUGCCCUUUAGAAGUAUUGGAUGUUCAGCACAAUAUGCUCAGUGGUCCAAUUCCAAAGGAAGUCUUUCUCAUAUCAACCUUGUCUAACUUCAUGUACUUCCAAAGCAACUUGUUUAGUGGAUCACUACCAUUGGAGAUCGGUAGCUUGAAACAUAUAACAGACAUUGAUUUAUCUGAUAAUCAAAUUUCUGGUGAGAUUCCUGCCUCUAUUGGUGGUUGUCAAAGCCUGCAGUUCUUGAAGAUACAAAAGAAUUACCUUCAAGGAACAAUCCCGGCGUCAAUGGGGCAGCUCAAAGGCCUUCAAAUACUUGAUCUUUCACGCAACAACUUGUCGGGAGAAAUUCCAGGGUUUCUUGGGAGAAUGAAAGGCCUUGGUAGUUUGAACCUGUCAUUCAACAACUUUGAUGGUGAAGUUCCAAAAGAUGGAAUAUUUCUUGAUUUAAAUGCAAUCACAAUUGAGGGAAAUCAAGGGCUGUGUGGGGGUAUCCCUGGAAUGAAGUUGUCUCCGUGUUCCACCCACACCACCAAGAAACUGUCUUUGAAGGUUAUACUCAUAAUCUCCGUAAGCAGUGCAGUCCUACUGCUUAUUGUCCUUUUCGCAUUGUUUGCUUUCUGGCACAGCUGGAGCAAGCCACAGCAAGCAAACAAAGUCUUGUCGCUCAUUGAUGACUUACAUAUCAGAGUAUCUUAUGUUGAAUUAGCCAAUGCAACAAAUGGUUUUGCUUCUGAGAACCUCAUCGGAGUAGGAAGCUUUGGCUCGGUGUACAAAGGAAGAAUGAUAAUCCAGGCCCAACAUGCCAUUGUUGCUGUGAAAGUGCUUAAUCUCCAACAGCCUGGGGCGUCUCGAAGUUUUGUUGCAGAAUGUGAGACUCUCAGGUGUGUUCGGCAUCGAAACCUUCUGAAGAUCUUGACAGUUUGCUCAAGCAUGGAUUUUCAGAACCACGAUUUCAAGGCCCUUGUGUAUGAGUUCCUACCAAAUGGAAAUUUAGACCAAUGGAUACACAAGCCUCCUGAAGAAAACGGUGAAGAUAAGGUGCUAAAUCUCACCAGAAGGCUCAGCAUCGCCAUUGAUGUGGCUUCUGCACUUGAUUAUCUUCACCAACACAGACCAUUGCCAGUUAUUCACUGUGAUCUCAAGCCAAGCAAUAUUCUCCUGGAUAAUAACAUGGUUGCUCAUGUUGGUGAUUUUGGCCUUGCAAGAGCCCUGCAUCAAGACCAGAGUGAUUUGUUAGAGAAAUCAAGUGGCUGGGCUACAAUGAGAGGAACAGUUGGCUAUGCUGCUCCAGAGUAUGGUUUGGGCAACGAAGUCUCAAUCAUGGGUGAUGUGUAUAGCUAUGGAGUACUAUUGCUGGAGAUGUUUACUGGAAAAAGACCAACAGAUAGCGAGUUUGGAGAAGCUCUAGGUCUUCACAAAUAUGUUCAGAUGGCACUUCCAGACAGAGUUAUCAAUAUUGUGGACCGACAGUUAUUGUCAAAAGACAUGGAUGGAGAAGAAAGAACAUCAAACCCUGACAGAGGAGAAAGAGAAAUUGCUUGCAUCACUUCAGUACUGCAUAUUGGACUUUCAUGUUCAAAGGAGACUCCUACGGACCGAAUGCAAAUUGGAGAUGCUUUGAAAGAGUUGAUGACAAUAAGAGACAAGUUUCGCAUCAACUCUCUUUCCAGUGAUGAAGUGACAAGUAACUGAAGCAUCAGAAGGUCUUCGUGCAUAUGAACACAGUUGUGGCUCUGCAAUAGCCCACUAUAGCCAAAUAAUUUACUCCGUCCGUCCGAUAUUAAGUGACACAAAUUUGCCCAAAUAUGGAUCUAUCUAUACUCAAAAAGCGUCUAGAUACAUGUAAUAGUUCGUCACUUAAUAUGGGAUGGAGGGAGUAUUUUAGUUUUCACAGAUGCAGCAUGCUGCUUUGCCAAAAAGGAAGAAAAAAAGGUGUGUGUAGCUCACCCAUGUGAACUUCAACAUUUCCUCGCUUGGAUACAAAUACAUUUCAAGCUUUCAUAUUAUUUUACUCAUUUGUAGCAUAUUAUUGCCAUUUUAUGUUUUCUAUAAUCACUCCGAGACUUGUGAUGUGCACAGAAAUAAAAAGGUGGUCCUAAUACCA